UUACACCGUGCAACAACCAACGGUGGAGGGACCAUAGCGAAGAGUGAUGAUGGAUUAAGAUGCGUUGUUGCAGGGCGAGAAUCCUUGCGCAUAUUGCGUCUGUCUGAUCCAGAAGAUGUCAUAAAUAAUGACCACAAAGCCUCUGUUGGUCGCGGUGGGCAUCGUAUCGAAGCGUCGCGAAAUAUAUGGGAUGGUAGUGGCUUGAAGAUUGACAGUGCAAGUACUGAUGUUGCCUGGUGCCAUGGCAGUUAUAACAACAAGAUUCUCACAAGCGCACGGAAUGGGGAUCUCAUCAUGUGGGACAUUAACAGGAUCGGCAAUGCCAAGUACGAAAGGAAGACGAGGUUUCAUAUUCGUUCGAUUCACAAGUUAUCCUGCUCCACUAUAGUUCCGUACUAUUGUGUUACAGGUUCCGCUGAUGGUGAUAUGCGUGUCUGGGAUCUUCGGGACAUGUCGAAGUGCAUCAUGAAGAUCCACCAUCCAACCUCUGUUCGCUCUCUUGUCUUCUCACCAUGUCUGUCCCAUCCCCUUCAAGCUGUUGUAGGUCUUGACAACGGAUCAAUCUAUCGGUGGGAUCUUCAAAUGGGCCAGAGGGGUCAGCUCGAUAGGUUACCUGUCGCACAUGCAGGCCCAAUUCUCGCAUUGGACUGGUGUAGUACUCCGGGUUCCAAUAAUGUCGGUGAUACUACUGGUACCGAUAGGAGCUGGAUAGUUAGCGGAGGUUUGGAUCACACUGUUAAAGCACGUUUUUUUUUGCUUUACUGCGCCAUGUUUACUUAUGGCCAUCAGGUCUGGGACCUUGCGACAUCCGGCACGUCUGUUCAUAUUGCACAUCAGCCUACAUAUACCCUACAUCCGUCAUUUCCUGUACGCCGAGUACUCUGGCGUCCUGAGUUCCCCUGCGAGAUCGCACUUGUGUCCAAUGAGGACUUUGGCGGAGGGAGUGGCAGCGAGCUAUUAGCCAGUCCUCGACUACAGUCCGCAACUCCAGCGUUCGUUAAUGUAUCUAGUUCUGUCACUAAAGACAAAGAUCCCAAGGGUAACGGUGCAGAUGCUGUAGAGAUAUGGGAUGUAAGACGUGGCUGGAUUGCUAAAUGGACUGUUGAAGUAAGCUCUUUGGAGGGCGGAGUGACCGAUGCCAUAUUCCGUGACUCACAUGCGCUUUGGGUUCAGCAUGCAUCUGGAACAUUUGCUCAAGUUGACUUACGUAGGUCUGUACGCCCUAUUGAUGCCGUUCCGCGCGUGGCACUCUCUUGGAAUGUUGGUGUCGAUGGAGAUACAAACGGAACAUUAGCUUUUGUCUCUGACAGGAGAGCUAGGUGGGAAGUGCCCUAUGAUGAUAUUCACCCUGACAAACGACAGGCACUUUCUGAAGGAAAGCUCAAACUGAAAUGCCUUGGCAACAAGCCUCGUAUGCCCGUACUGCAGACUAUGGGUAUGUAUGUACGCGGAGGGCUUCGUAAUACGGAAUCUGGGGGGCUAUUUGAACAUUUGGCUAGAAAGUACCUUGUCGAGUCUGACGGGAUGAACAGGGCUGCUGUUUGCAAGGUUAACGCUGAGGUCGGUGUUGCGUCUAUUCAAGCAGGAAGUGUGCCCGUAGCACAAAUAUGGCUGUUACUUGGCUCUCUGCUCACCGAUCUCAUUCCGGAAUGCAUUAGACCUUCACCUCAUUCGGAGAAGAACCAUCAGAUGGCCGUGCACCUCACGCAUUCUACUUCAGCCCCUGCUGCCAUUUCUGUGGUUGGCACAAGAUCUGGAUCACAUGCUUCAGGAUCUGCCUCGAAACCUGCCUCAUAUCGUGCUGCCUCGUCAGAUUCAGUCUCCAAGAUGGUCCAACAGACACAAACCUCCGCGUCGACAGAACGUGAAGGGGAGCGAGAUGCCCUGCCCACGAUUAAACCACCACCUAAUUCACGAAACUUGACGCCUGCGUCGUCUGCAUCCUCAUCGCCUCGCCACAUACCUACUUCCCUUCCGUCAGCGCCAGCACUCCCGCCUUCGGCAAUCAUGACGCCUGCUACACCUCGUCGCCCAUCAGUUCUUAUUUCCCCUGCAGCACAGGUACAAGGACAUGUGCGACGGCCGUCUGUGUAUAACCGUGCGUCCGCAGCCUACAGUGAGAGCCCUAGCACACCUAGUAUCAGUGCGAGCGAUCGAAGUCUCCGCCAUGUAGGUGACGGCGCCCUAGAUGACUCGGAUUCUUCAGACGGCAGUGAAAACUGCGCAGUAGUGAGCGCCGACGCUCAGGAUAGCCAUAGUGAAAACGAGAGAGACGUACCACCUGAUAUCCCUCGACAAAGCAUAAUGUUGAAGUCAAGGAGUCUUAGUAUGGGCCGCACGGGCCCAGCCCAGCCCAGCCCACUCUCCAGACUCGCUGGGCAACGCUCGAUGGAGGAUGAGGAUGAUGGUAAUAAGGAGCAUGAGGACGACGAAGCCAGUCCGUCACCUGGAUCGACUGAUACCGACGGCGAAGGACAUACUUCUGUGGCGAGGACACGCUACAGAAAGAAUUCGACUGCCAAGCGACUGAAGGGUCGCACUCGGGGUGACACUGUCGCUGCUCUUGCUGCACGACUACCAUCUCCUACGCAGCCAGCGUCCGACAGUUCUCAUUUGGUAAAGCAGGGAAGUCAGAGCAGCAUUCGUACGGUUACAGUUGGAUCUGUCCGCGAACAGGAGCAAAAUACUGGGCUCAUACAUCAUCAUGAGGAUGCCUCGCAGGUAGACAUGGAGUCGGACGAUUGUCAAGCCUUGCAUGAUAUGACUGAAUCUCGACGUCGCGCUGUGAUGCAAGAAGAAGCUCAGCUUCGCGAGGCAGCAUGGCACGCACUUAGGGAGGCGGUUGAAGAAUUUGCAGAAACAGGUGAUGUUCAGAUGUGCGCUAUGCUGGCGCUCAUUGCAGCGAAAGAACUAGGUAUCAGUCGAGGGAGAGGCUUGCAAUUUUUAGAGGCAUAUAUUGAACUGCUCACUCGCCUCCGACUGCACACAUGUGCCGCAUACUUGCGUAAAUGUAGCAAUUUCGAGGAUAUUUCAAAUACCACUAAGCUCGAAACCAUCAUUUACACUGCCUGUGGACGUUGUCGAAAACCUAUUCUUCUUUCACGCGCUCGAACAGUGACUGGAGCUCACGCAUUAUGUACGACAUGCAAAAGUGCAGUUGUGAAGUGUUCGAUAUGUCAUCUUCCCGUCCGCACACUGCUUUUCCAAUGUUCUGUUUGCACGCAUGGUGGUCACCAGGAGUGCUAUAGGCGAUAUCACAUGGGGCGUCCGAUAGUCGAUAUCCCACCCUCUUUAUCGGCGCGAGGGCGUUCGCUUCUCAGAGAACGAGAUAAUGAUGGGGAGGAGGGAGAGGAGGUUACCUACUCUGAGGGCCGGGGGGAGAGGACAUUGGCAGGCCAUUUGUGUGCAGCCGGAUGCGGGCAUUACUGUUGGGCA